AUGAUCGGUGCCCAAGCCCCCCGUACUCCGAUUUCUCACCAGAUUCAAACGGAGACGGUCACUGAACGCCGCUCUUGUCCACGGGUCCAGGGCUCAGCAUGGAGACGAAGUCUACUCAGAGUUCCGGCUCCGGCUUCCAGCUUUACGGAAAGGUGUGCCACAACCUUGCAAACCCUCGAAGACUCGACGUCGCGCAUCGACCACCUAGAAGGCAAGCUGGACGAGAUAGCCUCUUACCUAACAGCUCCAGCAAAUACCACGCUCAGAGCCAAUUUCAAUCCAAGCUCCUCUCUCUUUUCGACUCUACCCCCAAGUGCAAUGAAUGCGCAUUCCACUUUCUCAAUGUGGAUCCUACCCAGUAUAGAAAUCACCCCCGACGACGCCAUCAUUCACUUCCGCAGUAAAAUGCUCAAGUACUUCCCCUACGUCUAUGUCCCAUGUAACGCCAGCUGGCUAGAACAAGAAAGACCUUUUACACUUCUUUGCAUUAUGAACGUCACGUCGCAGGCCACAGAGACGAAACUUGCCCUUGGCGCGCGGAUUAAACAGAUUCUGACGCACCGCGUGUACGUCGACGACGAUCCGCUCGCUUUAAAUCUCGAUCUGGUCAUGGGUUUGCUCGUCUGGAUUGUGUGGGGGUAUGAUCACAUGCUUCACGGGACUGUGGCAAAGGUGUCACGGUGGAUGCAGCUGGCUAUCUCGAUAGUCUUCGACCUCGGUCUUGGAAAGCCUCCGCAAGAGCAGAUAUCGUUGCUUGCAGAUGGGGUCUUAUCAUCUGGGAAGACGGUGCCGACGCGCUCGAUUGAGGAGAGACGCGCUGUCCUGGGCUGCUAUGUUAUGAGUCUGGUCGCUUCUUCGUACUGGGGACAGAGACAGAUGGAUCCGAUGCUUUGGACUCUGUAUAUGGAUGAAUGCAUGGAUGUGCUGGCUCAUAGUCGGGAUAGUCCGUUUGACCAGAUGCUUGUUCAUCAGGUGCAGCUGCAGCGGAUCGCUGGCGAGAUCGAGAGUACUAGAGUGAGUAUGGACACGCGGGCUGAAUUCUUCGUUACGCUUCUUCAGCAGAAGAUUAUGGCUGUCAAGGUACGCAUACCGCCGCAUUUGCAGCAGGAUGGUAACGCUUUCGGUCUCCUCCAAUCGACUGAGAACUCCCCUGAUUUCCAGAAAUUCGAACUGCUCUACCAAUGCCUCGAGACGGCUAAGCUUGCUAUUGACAACUUCUGUAAUAUUCCCUCAGCAGAAUUGCCCCGGGUUUCGAUCCCCUUUUACACGCACUUCGCGCGCGCAAUGCUCGUUGUUUACGAGCUCUCGGUGCGGAAUGAUCCUAACUGGGACACGGCACUUGUGCGCUCUACGGUGGAUAUUCUCGCGCUGCUCGAUACUAUGAUUAGUCGGAUUCAAGAGGCUAGAGCGCUGAUGGGAGAAUUGGCUAACGGUGGCGUUCUUGACAAGUCGCUGUCUCUGUAUACGCAUGCGAAGAAUUCGUGUGCGCAACGACUUGCUGAGAUGAUGGGUGUGUCAGAGUCCGAUAACUACGAGACUCAGCAGGUUACCAAUUGGAUAUCAGGAGAUACAUGGCUACGAGAACAAUUCUUCUGA